AUCCUCCGCAGUGAACAUUUGCUCGUGUCUCGCUGAAGUUAUUCCUGAGAAGAAGAAGAAGAAGAAGAAGAAGUAGGAGCAUCGUAAACGCCGUCUGUAUGUCUGGCCGUCUGACUGACUGGCUGUUAGUUCGUCUGUACUGUCAAUUUACCCCUGGGAAAGUAAGACCUUGGGUCUCCUCACUACAAAAACACCAUGAAAAGGUCAUCGAGAUUCGGUGGAUGUCUGGACCAGAGGAAAAAUCUCCCUCAGUUAAUCAUUCUGACGAAAGUUUUCCUGCUUGCUGUGACUGUCCUUGCAGGGACAACUCUCACAAGUCUCCUGUUCACCUUUAUGUCACCCUUGGAAGAAGACUGGAAUUCUACAAACAGCAUGAUGCAUGGUGCAGGGUUUUCGGUUGCUUUGACUGACAGGGAGAGUGCCCAGAGUUUCGGAAGCAAGAAGAAGAGGGCAAACAACUCUCAAGAACGUUCCAUUCUCUCUUCAAAAGGUUACACCAUUCCUGGAUGUCCCUGCGUCAGGUUUGGUUUCUCGGUAGAAAGUCUCCAAAAGGCCCAGAGGGCAAUGAAGAGAGACGGGGCGAAUUUCUCAAAGGCCUUCGUCGAAAGAUACAGCUUUGAGGGACAGUCGACCUGCUCCGAUUACACGACGCAGCGCGGUGCCAGACAGAAUGUUGUCUCUUACUCCUUUUACUCUACGGAAGGGAAAGUCGACCCAGGGAGUCAGCACUUCAAGAAGUACCUUUCCCAGCUGCAUGGGAGGGCAGGCACUAUCAGGGAAAAGUACAAAGGCUGGACGAUGCGAAUCUACCACAACAUUUCGACGGAUGAUGAGCACGGCCUCCAUUUCCUGUGCCGAAUCUUCUGCGUCCACCAGCACGUCGAUAUUUGCCACGUCAGUGACCUCCCCAUGAUUGGAAAUUUAGAGAAGAUGAACAAGGUAGGCCGAUUGUGGAGGUUUGCAGUGAUGGGUGACCCUACAGUUUCCAAGUUUCUCAUUAGGGAUACGGACAGCUGGAUCCUCGACAGAGAAGUGGAUGUGGUGAAGGAGUGGCUGUCAUCUGGUAAGAGCUUUCACACCAUCCACGAUCAUCCCGGCCACAAGGCCAUUAUGUUGGCAGGUCUCUGGGGAGGCACUAACAAAGACUCGUCCUUGAUGGAACGCCUCAGGAAUGAUAUGUUCCAUCAGCCAUUGAAUCUGAGUAAGACUUUCGACCAGUAUCUUCUUGCAAAUUAUGUCUGGCCUCAUAUUAAGAGCGACGUCAUGCAACACAGCAGCUACAACUGUCAGCAAGAAGGCCUCACGAACUCACUUCCAUUCCCUACCCAAAGGAUCGACGGCCUGUACUGCGGCUGGGGACCGUUCAAGUUCAAAGAACGAAAGAGGGUCUUCAUGACGAAAUGUCCUGAGCAGUGCAGACCCAAAGCCCACAAAAAAUGGGUCUACUGUUAAUUCAUAUGACUUCGAGAGUUGGAUGUAGCAUUUAUGUCUUUCUAGUCCGUCAUCAUCUUACUUCUUUUUCUAAAUAAACGUCCUACGUCGUAACAAGGAGUCCUGCAGCAUCUAUGACAACAGUAUUUAAGUAAAUGUCUAAUUGCGUUGUACUUAUAGCUCGUUAAGUACAUCAUGUUAGUAUGCAGCUUGUUUUUCAAGCUUUUUUAUAGCCAGACUUGGCGUUCACGACCUCUGGAUUGUAAGUAAACACAAGAAGAAAUAAAUAUA